AUGUCAAAAACUAUAAAUGGAAGAACUCGAAUGAAUUCAGCAAGAAAAGCUUAUAUUGAACAAACACCUUAUAAUCAACAUCAACAAAAGAAAUCUUUUACACGCUUACAUUCAUAUGAUGAUACUAAUGUUGCUUAUCAAGGUUCGCCUGAAUAUUUAAAACAAUUAAUGAAUACAUCAACAUUAUCAAAUGGAUAUUCAUCUAGAAGUAUAACACGUACACAAAGUGCUAGUGACUUGACAUCACUUAAUAAUUUCAAUCGACCAUCUAGUGGAAAUCCAAAAUAUAAAACACAAGAAGAAUAUUAUGAUGAAAUUCAAUUUUUAAAAAAAGAAUUAAAAUAUACAAAAGAUGAUAAUAAUAAUUUACGUGCUAGAGUUCGACGUUUAGAAGAAGAUAAUGUACGCAAACGUAAAGAAAUUGAUAAUUUUUAUGAUACAAAUAAGGAUGGUGAUAUACGACGAACAUUAGCUAGUUCUUCUAAUUCAACUGCUAAUGUUGUUAUGAAUUUAAAACAACGUCUAUUUAAAUUAGAAUCACAACUGAAACAAAAAGAAAUGACACUUGAUGAAAUGAAAAGUGAUCCACGUUGGACAAAAGGUACAGAAUUAGAAAUACAAAAUCGUGCUUUAUUUAAUGAACUUGAAAAACAAAAAUUAGAAAAAUUAAACUUAAUACAACAUGAUUAUAUGGCUUCAAUUGAUGAAGAGAAAAAAAAUGCUGUACGAAAAUUAGAAGGUGAAAAAAGAGAUUUAAAAAUGGAAAAUGAUAAUUUAAAAAAAAAACUAAAUGAAAUGGAAAAAUUAGAACAUGAUCAACAAUUAUCAUAUCGUCAACGUGACAGUAGUACUGAUAGAGAUUUACGUGGAAAAAUUGAAGACUUGAAGGAAACAUGUAGAAAUUAUCGAAAUGAACUUGAACAAAUGAAAAAUGAAAUUAAACAAAUGCGACAGGAACGUGAUAAAUAUCGUGAUAAAUUAGAUACUGUCAAUGAAGAUCUUGAAGAAAUGAAACGUGAACGUGAUCAAUAUCGUAAAAAAUUCGAACGAGCUAGUAAUGAUUUAGAAGAAAUGCGAUCCGAUCAUUAUCGACAAAUCAAAUCAAAUCAAACGGAUCGUUCAUCAACAACUAUUACUUCACGUCGAGAAUCAAGUUCAUCUGAAGAGCCUACUAAAAAAGGUUCAAGAUCAAGUACACCUCUACAAAAAUCUAAAGAACAUAUUGGUUCACGUUCAUCACCAACUAAAUUUGAUCGUAAUACACCAUCACCAUCGAUGACAAGAAAAACAGGAUAUCGAAAUUUUCGUCGUGAUGAUUGGAAUAGUGAUGAUGAAAAUCGUCUUAAAAAUUUUCGAGAAAAACAUGCAGCAACUGUGAUUCAACGAGGUUGGCGUGAGCAUAAUAAAUCACAUAAAAGUUCAUUUUCAUCUAAAACAAGACAAGACACUUUUGACAAAAAAUCAUUAGAAACACAAUCGCCACGAGCCAGUCAACAAAAAUUAGGUUCAAAAAUAGAUGAUCUUGAUAGUAGUGAUAUUAAAAAUCGACUUACAGCAGCUAAUAUGUCCAAUGAAUCUGCUUUAAAACUUGUGCAAGCAUCAUUACGUGGAUAUCUCAAUCGAAAUGAAAUAGAUAAAACUUCUCGAACAGAAAAAUUACAGCGUAUUGAAAGUGAUGAUGAUGAUAAUGAUGGUAUUAUUGAAAAACCAUCAAAACAAUUUGGAUCACAAUAUGAAAGUGACAAAAAACGAGAGAAUUUUUACCAACAUUCAAAACAAAAUUUUGCGGAUAGUAGUGGUUUAUAUAAUGAUAAAAUUGGAUCUAAUAAUCGUUUACAAACAAAUAAUCGAGAUUUACCUUCAAACUUUCGCCGACCUUUCUCACCAUCUCUUGAUAAUUAUCGACCAUCAUCACCAUAUAUUAGUAGUGGAAGUGGUUCUAAACAAUUUCUUCCUAAUGAUCGAAAUAAAUUUGGAUUUGACAAUCGUGAACCAUUUUCGAAAUUCCAACAACCAUCUUCGCCUUCAAAUGAUCAUCGAUCAUCUCGACACAUAUCACCGGAAGAUACACGACCAUCAUCUCGUCAAAGUAACAUAUCAUCAAGAAAAAGUCCAACACAUUCAAAACAAUCACUAAAAACUACCUAUAAUAAGAAUGAUAACGAUGGCAAUGUUUCAGAUUUCUAA